AUCGGCCCCCCGAAGAUGACGUCACGCGUUGCGGCAGGUGAAGGAGCGCAUGCGCGGAAAAGCACCGUUUCCGUUGCCAUCUGGCUCAGUCAGCUGUGCGUUUUGAAUAAACGUAGGAUGGCCGCUGGCUGUUGCGGGACGAAAAAGCAAAAGCUAAAUAAUUCGACGGGGGUACCGUCGUGUAACGGAGGCCCGAUGUUGUCCAACGGUGUCUCGAAUUCGAUGGUAGCGUUACCGGAGAUGUGUUUCUUUUGCUUUGAUGUUCUGUACUGUCACCUCUAUAACCUCGAUCCGCCGAAAACGCCAUCGUUCAGUAACGACGCCUAUCCGCUUUUUGUAACAUGGAAAAUCGGAAAAGACAAACGACUACGAGGCUGUAUUGGGACGUUCAAUGCCAUGAAUCUUCAAUCGGGAUUAAGGGAAUAUGCUAUAACCAGCGCUUUUAAAGACUCCAGAUUCAAUCCGAUCUCCAGGGACGAAUUUCCCAAACUUAGCGUCUCCGUUUCUAUUUUACGUCACUUUGAAGAUGGGAAUGAUUAUUUAGAUUGGGAAAUUGGCAUUCACGGUAUCAGAAUAGAAUUUGUUAAUGAAAAAGGAAACAAACGGACCGCUACUUAUUUACCUGAGGUGGCACCAGAACAGGGUUGGACCCAAAUUCAAACAAUAGAUUCAUUGUUACGCAAAGGAGGUUAUAAGGCAUCGAUCUCAAAUGAAGUUCGUAAAGGUAUUAAAUUAACACGUUACCAAAGUGAAAAGAUAACCAUUUCUUAUCAAGACUAUAUGAAUCAUUGGAAUGGUCAACGGUGCUAGCAGCUAGCGUGGGGGCGCACCGCCGUCGUCGGAGCGUCCCCACUGUCAACACAACUGCCACCACCUUAUCAACCGCCGCCACUAGUAGUCGUACCAUACGGCGGUGUCGGAUUUUUGCGCCCCACAACACCCGGUCCCGUAUGGUUCGAGAGACCUUACGCAGGCCCAUCCUAUCAGCGCGAAUUUCCUGCACUUCCACCACCCCUCCACGAUCGAGACGUCGCAAAUGGUUACCAAUCGCCACCGCCACCAUUUCGCAAACGGAAGUGACGAGCGUUUCCUCAGCGGAUGGGUUCCGUGGAUAAUAAAAAACAUUCUCAUAGCUACACACUCGUGCCUAAACAUCCAAGCACUUGACACAGGAUAGCAUUGUUUUUUAGCGUUUUAAGUAUAAUUGUUUUAUUAUUUUUACAAUGAUUGUAUUUAGAAUUUAUUAAUUUCAUUUUUUUUCCAUUUCUAACCUGAAUUUAAGUUUAUUAAGAAAUUUUUUUUUGUAUAACGUGAAUUAAUUUUGAAAUGGUUAUGUUUCUUUGUAUUUAAUAACUCUAUUACGUUAUUAUUAUCAAGGUGCAUUGUCAAUAACAAUUAAAAAGAAGUUUAAUAUAGCAAAUAUAUAAAUAUAUUUAAAUA